AUGCAAACAUGGCGGCGAACGUUCGCCACGUCUGUCGCCAGACUUAACUAUGGCGCAACAGCAGGACCUCGACCUUCAGCGCUGCGAUGCGCUCAGAUCCUUCAAUCCAGCAAGAGUGAUGGGCCCUGCAAGUUGGAGAACCAGGAGAUCAAAGUAAAUGGCUUCAUCAAGUCUGUUCGCAAACAGAAGCGCCGUGCUUUCGCGGAAAUCUCAGACGGCUCGACCAUUGAACCACUGCAAGCGAUCUUAACCCCAGAACAAGCAGCCAACCUCUCAACAGGGACAGCAGUCUCUAUAUCUGGAAUAUGGAAGGCUUGUCCACCGGGAAAACUGCAGACCCAUGAAUUGGAAAUCACCGACGUGGCUGUCGCCGGAGCAUCAGACCCCGAGACAUUUCCUAUUCAGAAGAAGUAUCAUAGUACUGAUUUCUUGCGCUCAAUUCCUCACCUUCGCAUGCGAACCCCCCUUCACUCGCUUCUCUCACGAUUCCGCUCCGAAUGUCUAUUCCAGCUUGGCAAUGUUUUUCAUUCAUACCCGCAUGGCGGCUUCACACAAGUUCAGCCACCUAUAAUCACAUCCUCUGAUUGCGAAGGAGCAGGCGAGACGUUCACUUUACUCCCUCGCGGCGGUGCAGCAGAAACCGAAACCGACCACUUUUUCCGAGCACCAAAGUACCUCACCGUAUCGUCGCAACUGCAUCUCGAGGCAUACGCUGCAGAGUUGGGCAAUGUCUGGACAUUGACACCUGUUUUCCGAGCGGAAAAGAGUGAUACACCACGUCAUUUGAGUGAAUUCUACAUGCUGGAGGCGGAAGCCAACUUCAUGUCUGAUUUGGAUGCGCUCACUGAUCAGGUGGAAUAUCUACUUCGCGAUCUGACUCGCCGUUUGUACGAUACGGCUGUUGGUCAGGAAGUCCUUUCGAUCAAGCGCACUGGGGAGCCGGGACAGGAAUUUGAUCCUGAGGAAGCAGAGAAGAGCGUUCGUCAGCGAUGGUCGGCUUUGAUGGAUGGUCCUAAGUGGCACCGUGUUACAUAUACCAAGGCUAUCGAGAUGCUACAGCGUGCUGUUGUUGAAAACGGCGCCUUAUUUGAGCACGUACCAACCUGGGAUGGUGGACUACAGCUCGAACAUGAGAAGUACAUUGUCGAGGUGUUGUUCGAUGGCACCCCAGUCUUCGUCACGGACUACCCUAAGGCUAUUAAGCCAUUCUACAUGGCUCCUUCGCAUGCUGGCGGCGAUGUGCAAAGCAGCGCAGCUGGAGAAACUGUCGCUUGUUUCGAUCUGCUUUUCCCUGAGGUCGCUGAGGUUGCCGGUGGCUCUUUGCGUGAGCACCGCUUACCCAAUAUCAUUCAAAACAUGCGUGACUACGGUCUGAUCAAGUCCCGGGUACCUGCUGAUUCUGAUGUGGCUUUGCCCGAAGAAUCAUUGUACCCUCACCUCACCCCAAACGAGGACCUGGGCCAUCUUCAAUGGUACGCUGAUCUCCGAAGAUGGGGCUCAGCUCCUCAUGGCGGGUUUGGACUUGGGUUUGAUCGGUUCUUGGGCUACUUGUCUGGUAUUUCCAGUGUCCGCGAUAUAGUAUCAUUCCCCCGAUACUUUGGACGAGCUGACUGCUAA